AGGUUUGUUCAUCGCCUCUUUCAGGAACAGAAGGAUCCGAGCUUUGCAUCGGAGCUGAUUCAUCCUUCAGCUGUGAAUCUCCUGUGGCGAGUCUUUCUAUGGAUGCUUUGUAUUUCGUUUGUUUCGGUGGUUCAAUCGGAGUUCCCUGAUUUCGUUUGUGAUUUGACUGUUGGGAUUUGAGUGUCCUGGAGUGGAUUUGGAGCUAUUUGGAAGAGGGAGGGAGGAUUCGAAGAACACCCAGGACCACAGAUUGGUUGGAGCAAGAAUGGGGUGAGAUCU